AUGGGUAGCGAAGCGUCACUUACAUGUGUCGUCGAAAAUGAGUCGGAUAACUCAGAUAUAACUUGGUUCAAGGGCGAGUCGCAACUCCUUAGUCCAGAUGACAACUACGGAUUUGAUAUCGAUACAGAUGCACUAACUUCUAUUUUGACUAUCAAAGUUCUGGAUGAUACUCACACUACAUCCUACUCAUGCACGUACGGUAACGAUGGAGCAUCAUUACCGCCCCUACCUAUAACUAAAAAGGUAAAGGUGUACGUGGUGGGCUACAGUGAGCAACCAGACAACACGUUUAGUGAAGUCGGAGCGGCCCUCACCCUCAGCUGUACUGUACAGGGAGAUGCUGCCACCACAAUCACGUGGACUAAAACCGUUGAGGGGGUUGAAUCAAACCCAACUCCUGAAACUCCAAAAUCCCCUACACUGUUUGAAACCUCGAGUGAACUUAGAAUUAGCAGUGCUCAAAUAAGCGACUCGGGAUCUUAUAAGUGCAGUGCCACGUUCGGGGAAACAACUGUGGAAAGUACUGUCGCUGCAGUCACCGUUCUUGACAUCGGUAUCAGCGAGGACCCAGUAAGGAUAGGCUUCCUAACAGGAGAGUACGGUAGUUUGUCGUGCAAGGUAAAGAACCCGCCGGAUAACCCGGUCACUGUCUCCUGGAUACAGGAGACAGCAGAUGGAGAUGAAGUGGUUGAAGAUCAGUACAUCCGAUGGGCUGAUGAGAGCCCUGUUUUCAGCUCCACUCUAGUAUACGACAGUGCCACCCAUGAUAAUGCUGGUGUUUACAAGUGUAAAGCAGACUACACUGUAGAUGGUAAAACAUACUCUCGGGAAAGCGCACCUGUUGAUCUCUUUAUUAGAGAGCUCCAACAAAAACUAGACGAGAUCACUCUGGUGAACCUGCCAGCCGAUACUAGCAAGGUUACCAUGGUUACUAAGGUAUUUACCUGCACUUACAAGGGAGAUGACGGUAUUGAGAGCAUCUCCUGGAAUUUAGAUGGGGAUAUAUGGGACGAAGCUAGACAUACCGGGUGGUCAACAGUUGACGGAUCCUACCUUGCCGAUGGCACAUGGGAGAGCACGUUGACAGUAACCAGUCUCACGAAAACCAGCGGAAAGCUAGUAAAAUGUAUCGUGAACUUCAAAACAGACUCUUACAACAAUGCGCUGGCCUCCGAAAGCAACUUUGUUGUCCGCUCAAUCUCUGAGGCGCCCGAUGCGCAAACAAUUUCUGAUCAGGCCUCAGUGGAUAUCAGCUGUAUUUACGCCGGUACCAACGACCCGGAUACCGUUCAGUGGAGAGUUGACGGUUCAGCGAAGACAUCAGCCGAUACUGCUGAUACCGGUUUUACUGUCACCACAGGAGUGUUCCAUGGUUCUACAAAUAACGAAAGAAAAACCACCUUGACAAUAACCGGCCGAGAAUACACAGACGCACAAAAAAUUAUCAAGUGUGAGUUUAUCUUCUCCACAAAUCUCCCGCAAGAAACCAUGGAAGCUUCUACAACUCUACUCUUCCGAGGAAUUGUUACGCCACUGGAUGCGAACUACUACUCGAUUGGGAAGGAUUCUGUUUCCUUUACUUGCGAACUAGGAGUAGGAGCUGCUGGGGAUGUCCCUACUUUUACUGCAUGGUACCUCAACUACAAUGAAGCAGAUAUAUCGAAAAACACGGAACUAAAAAACGAGGGUGACUACGUCAUAGUAACUAACUCUCAGAUCAAUAGCGGAAAAAUGGAAACUACUCUGACUAUCUCUAGUGCCAAUAUUGCAGUCACUCUUGCUGGGAAAUACACGUGUGCAUUCUCAUAUGACAACGGAGAUAUCUAUAAGUCUGAAGGAAACCUUGUUGUACGGCUGGUCACCAUAAUACCUUCCGAUGCCCAUAUCUACAGCUACCGAGAUGACGGGUUACAAUUGUCAUGUACAAUUGAGUCGAGUGACACUACUACCGGUGUAACAUGGUCUGGGCCAACAGGGUUUGAUCCGUCCGGUAUAACCAGGAUUAAUAAUGUUAACACUUACAUUCUGACUCUUCCAACCGAUGCUGCUGCAUCCCAGUACAGCUGUGAAUUUGCUUUUACUGAUGGACCUACUUUCAAGCCGGUUGGCAUCUUUCUCGAUGUUAACUUGAACGUGAUCGAGAUGACGAACCCGACCAAGAUGUACAGUACCUAUGGGGUUGGUGUUACCGUUACUUUCUCCUGUUCAGCUGGGUCUCGCGAGGAGAUGAGUGACCUUAACUUCUGGGACGGAACCCAGGAAGUUACAGCAACUAGGAGGAGCUAUGAACACGGCAAGACGAAUGCUGAGUACGAUUACGUGGUUGAUACUAAAGAUAAGGAUGCGGAGUUUAAAUGCUACAAAAGUGCGGAUGAAACUUCCGAUUCUACUACUCUUGAUGUGAUGACCUGGACACAAGAGCUUGCAGAGUCAACUGAAGGUUCUGCUGGAGAUAGUGUAGUCUUGCUUUGUAAGGCAGAGUGGAACACAGUCGACCAGAACAAACCAGCCUUCACGUGGUUAAAGGGAGCUACAGUCGCUGAGGAGACCAACAGCAGGUACAGAAGACACGUCAGGAAAAACGUGGGUUCAAAGCGAGUUAACGAUCACUCUUGCUCUUGA